AUGCGGCGAAUACUGCAUCCCCCCGCGUACGGUCUGAGUGGCCUCGUUGCCACAGCGUGUAAGACAGCGACCGGGUCGCUGUCUGGCACGGGUGCGUGUUUGGUAAUUACGCCCAUGACGCUGCUCCUGUCAGCGCGAGCCCAAGGAGGCUUCGGUGGGGGUCGUCCUGCCCGUGGGCAGCGCGGUGGAUAUGACAGCAGAGGCCGAGACAGGGAAAGAGGCGGCGGAGCUGAGGGCAAGGGAGGCGCGGUGCGACGCACGAUUAUCAACAAGACUGGCGACGGCGAGCUCAGCGAACUAACACGCAUGGUGAUGCGGGACGACUCAAAGAUUCUAACGGGCAUUGUCAAGCAUAUUCCGCAGAAUGGUGCCAUUUCAGUGAAGAGCCUCCACGCUCAGCUAUCACCUGAUGUGCAGGAAGCGGUAGCAGAAAAAUACAAUGGCCUCAAAAGCUUCCUGGAGCAACGCAAGCAGCUGUUUGUGGUGAAGAAAAAUCCGGCAGAUGGUGUGUUGUACGCUGCAGCCGCGCCGCUGGCGUUGCAGAAGCUUGUAGCGCGCGAGAAGCAACGAGAGACGAUGCAGGAGAUGUUGGGGCUUAACCGCCGCGGUGGCGGUGGCGGUAGCGGUAGCGGUGGCGGUGGCAAUCGUGGAGGACGUGGCAAUCGCGGUGGUGGUGGAAACCGUGAUGAUCGCGGUGGGGGAGGCGGUGGUGAACGUUUCUCUAGAGGCCGUGACAGUGGAGGCGGCGGUGGCGGCUUCAGGGGACGCGGAAGCGGCGGCAGGAUGGGCGGUGAGAAUCGUAGCUUCGGCACGCAGGGACGUCGUUGA